AUGAGCUCAGAAAACCUUGGAUACGACUCAGCUAGGCAGCUGCCUCUUUUCUGUCCAGUUCCUGCAUGUGACCCAGAAUUGAGGGUGGUUCCUCCAGGCAGAGUUAACCUACACAGGAAUCAAGAACCAAGAAGAGGAUGGAUAAGCAUACUGGAGACCCCCAGAGGGGCCACGUGGAGUUCCCCCAAUGGGGGGUGUCCACAGAUCCUCUUUCCCAGCCCUCUCCUUGGGCACCCACUGCUAGGUGCUCACUUCCUGCCCCACUGCCCUCUAGCAGGUGACUCAGAAGUGAGGCCAGGACAGCUCACGGGGAGGGGGACAGCAGAGAGAGUCCCCAGGGCCAGAUGGGGCAGCGAGAGGAGGUCCCCCAGGGUCCCUGGAGCUCCUCCUGCCCUCUCCCUGGCCCAGCCUCCUCCUGUUCCCAGACCCUGGGGCAUCACCGCAGACACCAUUCCUUCAGCUCUCACCCUGCUGCUCACCCAGCCGCUCUGCAAGAGUCAGCGGACAGUGAACUGA